AUAAUUGCCUGACUGCCUGAUUGCAGGUUGACAGCUAGUAUGUCCAACAGACCCAACAGUUCCGCCCACGAGUCAUCCAGUGAACAAAGCCUACCUCCUACAACCGUUCCGUCUAGCGUAAAAGUAACUGGUCACCCUGUAGAGUGGACACUAUCAAGGGAAUGGACUAUUGAAAAUCGCCAAUCUUAUGACGUUUGGAAGAUGGACGCUCAAAGACAGAUGCUAUAUUUGAAUCAUACACUAAACAAGUCUCUACACUUAUACCCACAUCCCGAAGUCUGCGAGGUCAAGGACUCAAGUUACUCAAAGGACAUUUUAAGACAGAGUUCAAGUCAUCCACAGAUCAACAAACGUCAUAGACAAGUUCAUCCAGACAUUUGUUGAGUUCAGAGUUCAAGUGUAGCCCCUGACAGAAGUUAAUGGCCUCCAUCAAAUCAUGGACAGAACGCCCGCCCAGUAUUAGAGCUAAUAUACGCAGUUUUUGCAGAACAGAGAUGUAAUGUAAGGAUUUUGUGUAAUGAUUUGUGAUGUUAUGAAUUUUAAUGUAAUGGAUUAUAAUGCUAUGACAUGUAAUAUAAAGAAUGGUAAUGUAAUGACCUGUAAUUUAGAAUGUUACAAAUAGGAGUGCGACUUAUUUCACUAAACUAAAUACAUUAUAAUGACACUUUUCAAACCGGUUUUUUGUUCUUGCAAGACACUGAAGUUCUAGAAGUUUGGAACAGACCAAAGAUACAUAUUAAUUAAAGAGAAAAUAGCUCAAAAAAUAAAAAUGAUUAUUUUUCCCUUUAUUGCAUUGUUUAUAACAGUCUAUUAAUUAGUGAGUACACCUGGGAGAUAUGAGAUAAUUAUUAAAGAAAGAAAAACAUGA